GUUUUUUUUUUAAUCCUUCCAGGCCCUUGGUGAGGUAGUGAAUUUAGUUUUUACUGGAAGAUGUGUUCCGCCUGUCUGUAAGUAGGAACUGGACUAGCAACAAUUUUAAAAAUCCAGUUCUGCCACGUAAUGUGAUGCAUUGCGAGGCAGAUGACAAUGCUACUUCACAGUUGGUGAGAAAAGGGAACAAGCUGCGUUUGAUACACUGAGCCAUUGUGGUUUCUCAGGAUGGCAGUGCAAGGCGUCUCCCCCUGGAUGUUGGCCCAGCUGAUGACUGCAGUGGUCCUGCUCUGCUUAUCUGGAGCUCAGCCUGCCUCCUCAGAGAUGAGCAGGAAUUAUUACUCCACGCUCGGCGUUGAACCGACAGCAACUGAAAGACAGAUAAAAAAAGCUUUCUACAAACUGGCCAAGAAGUACCACCCUGAUAAGAACAAGAGCUCCGAAGCAGAAAAGACUUUUAGAAACCUUGCCGAAGCUUAUGAGGUGCUCUCUAACAAGGAAAAGAGGAGGCAGUAUGACCAGUUGGGCCAUGAGGCUUUCCAACAGAAUGAUGACUAUUUUAACCAGGAAGCUGCACAUGAAGCCAGCGUCUUCGAAUUCAGUUUUGAUGACCUGUUCAUGCAUUUUGAAAUGGAUGAGGAGCAGCCACACUACCGCUGGAGCUUUCCGAUGGGAUGGGAGGAUCAAGAGGACCACUAUGAGUAUCACAGUUUUCAGAGGUCUGACUUUUCUGAUGUCGUGGACUUCUUUUUUCACGGGCAUGAGGGGGAAGGGGAGGAGCAUGAGCAGUUCUACUAGGCUAAAAAAAAACAAAAAAAAAACAAGCCGUUGGUACCAAUGCUGAAGUGGGUGGGUGUGGAGUUAAUCCUGUAUGAGUGUUUUGUGUUAACGUGGUGUGCUUUGUUGAUAAUAAAGUCUUCACAUAAAUUGUU